UGAGAGCAGAGCAAAGGUGGCCAGCAUGCCGCACCAGUACGGCGCGGGCGCGGGUGGGAUGGCGCAGGGCCCGCCGUCCCCGCCGCCGCAGCACGGCGCGCUGUACCCGCGCUACGCCAGCGCCGCGGGUCCUGGCGCCGGCGCCUACCGCCCCGAGGAGCGCCGACUUACCCGUGAAGCCAUGGAACGAUACUUGCGUGAUCGUUCCGAUAUGGUUGUUGUCAUAUUACACGCUAAAGUGGCCCAAAAAUCUUACGGAAACGAAAAAAGGUUCUUUUGUCCACCUCCCUGUAUUUACCUUUUUGGCGAUGGUUGGCGGCUGCGACGCGAGCGCAUGCUGCGCGAGGGCGAGACCGAGCAAGCGUCACAACUCUGUGCUUUUAUUGGUAUUGGUAACUCUGACCAGGAUAUGCAGCAGUUGGACCUGAAUAAUGGAAAGCAGUACUGUGCAGCUAAAACUUUGUACAUAUCGGAUUCAGACAAACGGAAACACUUUAUGCUAUCUGUUAAAAUGUUUUAUGGUAAUGGACAUGAUAUAGGCAUUUUUAAUAGUAAAAGGAUAAAAGUUAUUUCGAAACCAUCAAAGAAAAAGCAAUCUUUAAAGAAUGCAGACUUGUGUAUAGCUAGCGGAACAAAGGUUGCUCUAUUCAAUAGACUGAGAUCACAAACAGUGUCGACUAGAUACCUGCAUGUGGAGAAUGGUAACUUCCAUGCAUCAUCUACACAGUGGGGUGCAUUCACAAUACACUUGCUGGAUGAUAAUGAAAGUGAGUCUGAAGAGUUUGCAGUAAGAGAUGGUUACGUCCACUAUGGAUCUACUGUGAAACUUGUCUGUUCUGUAACAGGGAUGGCAUUACCUAGGCUUAUAAUUCGAAAGGUGGACAAGCAAAUGGCAUUAUUAGAAGCAGAUGACCCGGUCUCCCAACUACACAAAUGUGCAUUCUACAUGAAAGACACAGAGCGGAUGUAUCUCUGCUUAUCCCAGGAGAGAAUAAUCCAGUUCCAAGCAACACCGUGCCCCAAAGAGCCAAAUAAGGAAAUGAUCAACGAUGGUGCUUGUUGGACUAUAAUAUCCACAGAUAAGGCUGAAUAUCAAUUUUACGAAGGCAUGGGACCAGUCAGGUCUCCGGUGACACCUGUGCCUCUAGUCCAUUCGUUGAACCUGAAUGGCGGCGGGGAUGUGGCCAUGCUGGAACUAGCCGGGGACAACUUCACACCCUCACUGCAGGUGUGGUUCGGUGAUGUGGAGGCGGAGACAAUGUACCGCUGUGCUGAGUCCAUGCUGUGCGUUGUGCCGGACAUAUCACAGUUCAGGGGACAGUGGCUAUGGGUGCGGCAGCCCACCCAGGUGCCAGUGUCACUGGUGAGGAACGAUGGGAUAAUAUACGCUACGGGUCUGACUUUCACGUACACUCCAGAGCCGGGCCCGCGGCCGGUGUGCCCGCCCGUUGACGACGUGAUGCGCCCCGAGCAGGCCUGGCAUCAUGACGCCAUCGCACACCGCCUGCCGGACAACAUACAAUAGCAGCAGGACUGCAGACUUGACAGUCUGCGGUGACAACUACCGGUCUCUACAGACUCGGUCUCAGUCACAACUUUGUGACAGACUAUAAAAGUGCAGUGACAAAAACGGUCUAAAUAUGGACCCCGGUGGUAUAAAGGCUGAGUGCCAGUGUAGUGACAACUAAAUAAGACGCGGAGUGGAUUCGCUAGUGACAACCCUAACAUCCGUUGCUGUUCUAAAAGGUUCCAAAGAGUUAUAAAUAAUUGGUGAACUAGGAAGUGGUAGAUUUGGUGAGUGACAUUAGCAUGUUAGUUUCGAUAGUGCCUGUAUGUUCGCUUUAUUUGACCUGCCUCGAUUGACUUCUAAUGUCUAAAUACGAUCACUGUAAUGUGCCAAUGUUUUUUGGUGCAGCUUUUCGGUCUAAAAUGCGAAGACUAUCGUAAUAUGAUGAAAAAUUAAAACCGAAUUUCAGAACUUAAAUAAUAUUCACGAUUAUGUAACCGUAACAUAGAAUAGCAUUUUUUUAAAUAAGAAUUACAGCGAGAGUCAAUAGCUUUGCCGUUCUAGAACAUUCGCGAAGUAAACGGUCUCAAUUACAAUUCUAAAGUUACAUUUAAAUUUACUUUUUUCUGCGAGAUUACGACACCAAAAUGCUAUAUACUAAGAUAGGUAACGUUAGAAAAGCAAUACAAUUUACUUUUUAAAGAAAUAUUAUAGACUUUUGGUUUAAAAACUAUCGUUUUAUAAUUUAUCAGAAAUUGUAUCUCACGUAUCACGCUCAUCUUUAGACUAGUUUAUAUUUUUAAAAUGAACGUAAGCUUAUUGCAAUUUUAUUCGAUAUUUUGGUGUGCAUUUUUGUUAAGGUGGGAACACAUGCUGUGUUCCAGUUUCGCGGCGAUAAGACGAAAGAAACUUUGAAACCACAGAUGGAAUUGAAGAGUUUUUGUUCUAAUAUUGUAUUGCCUAAUUGUGUAAAGUAGAAUUGUUAGAGCAUUUGUUCCUAGCCUGACUUUUUUGAGAUUUAAAUUAUGAUGAAAUCUCUCAGCUCUGAUUCGAUUCUUCGGGGCCAAAUAGCUGUAAUGUCCAUGACAAGUCAACAUAGAUAUAGUUAAGGGUCACAUAAAAUAAAAUUAGGUUGAGAUGUCUCGAGAUUACUUAAGCGAAUAUUCGAAGACUUCGUUUAUAAGUUUGUAUACGUAAGAUUAAGUUUUAUGCCAAUUUUACAAUACUCCAGUCCAGCGAUUCCAACGCUGGAUUACAAAUCUAUACAUCAAACCCAACCCUGGAUCCCAUACAUUCCAGUUAAAUUUUAACUUUUAUAGAUGUAAUCCAGAGAUGGAUUCGAUCGCUGGACUGGAAUAAUGUGAACGCGGCAUUAUUGAAGGGAUGAAAACCAAAUAUGUUUUGCUACAUUAUCUGUGCUCGCUUGGUUGCGUUUUUUAUUGGCUAUUGGCAAAGGUAAUUCUGCCACUCGAAUUUUUCUCAUUGAUUUACCUACUUUUUUUGUCUUAGGGCACGCAUUACUGUCGUAUUCAUUAUGUAUGUAUGUAUAUUAACGGAGAUUUUAAUGAACAACUAGUGAUGUAGUUAGAAUUAGUCGAUAGUACAUUUGUUAUAUUUUAGAGGAGACUUUCAAUUGAAAAUUUCUAUUUAUUUAAAAUGCGACUUUUCAGAUGUUUUAUAAAUUUUUUUUUUGGUAAAUCGAUAUCGUGUGUAUUUAUAAUGGAGAGUGUGAUUUUUCAAACAUUCCAUAAGGAAGUGAAUUAAUAAGUACAAAAUUUUUUAUAAAAAUAUUGAUUUUUAUAUCGACUAUAAAAAUAAUUAAAUUACGAGACAUUUAUAUGGAAUUGGUAUUGUAGACGCAGUAUUACGGUGAAUAAGUAUUGAAAUAGACAGAAUAUUUCGUCAAUUUUGUAUAAAAUGUAAACGAUUUUUCAACUUUUUUUU